CUUUGAGCAAGAGAGCGAAGGUUGGGUUGCCUUUAUGAAGCGCACAGAGUGAGAGGGUGACAGACAGAGAAAGAGCAACUGAACGUGAAGUGAGAGGUCUCCCAGCGCUCAAGCUUGCAACAAGAGGAGAAUUUUUAUUCUUGUUCUCUGUGGUUUCCACCUUGGGAGAAGUAACAUACCAUAACACAGAUUGACUAUGGCAGCGGCUAUUGAGAUUACUGGUUUCCUGAUGGGGUUGGCAGGGUGGAUGCUGACUGGAUCCACAUUAGCGAACAAUUACUGGAAGAUUUCUACUGUUUAUGGAAGUGUGAUCACGAGCUCCAGGUUAUAUGAAAAUUUGUGGAAAAGCUGUGCCCAAGAUAGUACUGGCGUCUUCAACUGCCGAAUGUUUGAGACCAUGCUUGGCCUAUCCCCAUAUAUCCAAGCAUGUCGGGCACUCAUGAUCAUCUCUAUCAUUCUGGGAGUUAUUGCUACGCUGAUGGCCCUGUUUGGCCUGAAAUGUACCAAUAUUGGCAGCAUGGAUGAAAAAACAAAAGGGAAGAUUUCCCUGUCUGGUGGGCUUGUCUUCAUUCUAUCAGGUUUAUGUGGAAUUGUUCCUGUUUCUUGGUAUGCUUACAACAUCACUAUGGAGUUCUACAAUCCUGUCUACGGUGGAACAAAAUAUGAGCUGGGAUCUGCCCUCUACAUUGGGUGGGCUGGAACAGCUCUCCUCAUCUUGGGAGGUGCAUUCUUGUGUUGUUCCUGCAAAAGAAAUGAGCAACCAAGUGGCUACAAAUAUUCUUCUGCCCAAAGUGGACAACGGAUCUACACAAAGACAGAGUCAGCUCAUUCAAAAGCAUACGUCUAAAUCAGAGACUGACAAAAAAAAAUUCUUAUGUUACUCAGGUCUUCGACAGCCUUGCAAGAAUCAUAUGUAUUUCGUUUAAUCAUUAUGCCACUCUGUGAAGCAUUUAAAUAAGUAGAGCAUAUAUCUGCACUGCAGUGCUAAAUGUUUUGAGGAUUCUAAAAUAAUAAUGCCAGAGAUUUUUGUUUUGCCUUAAUUGCAGUCCACCUGGGCACCCCAGUCAAUCACCGGCACCUCCACAACACAUCAAACUCAGACGUGAGACCACUACCCACUAAACCAUGGCUAACAGGCAAACCACAUUUUAAAAGUGAGGAGGGAAUGGCGAUUUAAUAGAAACUGAGCCUCUUUAAGAGGCCCAAAAACUCAGAACGCAACGAAUAGGUGUAUCUCACAACCAAUACUCAAUAGUUUGGAGGGAAAAGACAUAACAGUAUUUCAAAAGAGCCUUCCAAAGUUCAACAGGGAAAUAAGUGGAGUCAGUUCGCAAUUGAUGUGUCUAAUCAAGAAGCCACAAAGAAAUGGAAAUGGUUGAGAGGGAAGGUAUAUUACUCCAUAGCUUUGAAUCUAUUUCAUGUGAUUUAUUUCAAUUUGUAUAUGCAUGUUUGUGUAGUUUGCAGUGCUGAACAUUUAUUGGUCGCUCAUUGUUUUGUAUUAGGGUAAUUAUGUAUUUUUCCAGCUUUUUUUUGUAGUUUUUAAUAAUAAGAUUGAUAAAAAAAUGUU